AUGCUUUCUCUUCUCGUGACAAUCUUUGUUAUCAUCACCUUGCUGUGGCUUAUUAAGAUUUUCAUAAUUAAUGGGAUCUAUGUGGAUUCCCAUCUCCUCCAAUCGUCCGAUAUGACCAACAAAAUUUGUGUGGUCACAGGUGUGUCGGUUGGAGCUCUAGGAUUUGAAGUCGCAAAGCAACUGGCAAAACUAGGUGCCACUGUUGUGUUAAUAGUGUAUAACAUGCAAAUUGGAAAUGACGCUGUUUCUCAAAUCAAAGAUGAACUUGGACAAGCAAACGUUGAAUAUAUUGUGGCAGAUUUGAGUGAAUUGGAGCAGGUUAGACAAGUGGCAUUUAAAAUUAAAAACCAAUACGAUCGAUGUGACGUAUUAGUGAAUUGUGCAGCCACCAUCAUGUGUCCUCAUGCAUUGACACGGGAUGGAAUUGAGAUGCAAUUCGGAGUGAAUUACUUGUCUCACUUUUUAUUAACUAUUUUGUUGCAAGAUCUUGUCAUGAAAUGUCAAGGACGUGUCAUUAAUUUUUCAUCAAAUGCUUUCAAAUAUUUAAACCAAAACGAUGAAUUUUGUUCCUUUACGGAAGAAUCUGUUCGAAACGACGGCCGUGACAUUGCUUCUCCAUUUUCACUCUAUGCUCGAUCUAAACUCGCCAUUCAGCUCUCUUCGAAACAUCUUUCACACCACAUUCACAAACCUCUCAAUAUUUAUAGUUUACAUCCUGGAGCUACUCGAUCGACCUAUGUAUUUCCAUUCAUUAAGAACCGUCCAUUCCUUCACAAAUAUUUAUAUACUCCCUUAUCGUACUAUUUCAUGAAAUCACCAUUUCAGGGAAUUCAAACAUGUUUGCAUUUGAUAUUGUCUCCUCUCGAAGUGUUGGAAAAUGGAGAAUUUUAUGUGGAUUGUCAAGUGGAGAAGAUUGUGCAAGAUAGCGCUUUAACAAAGCAAAUUCAAUGUCAAUUGUAUGAAAGUAGCAUGUCGUUGUGUGCCAAUUAUUUAAAUGCCACUACUGAAGUGUAA